AUGGCCCUUGCUCUGCACCCUCCACUGCUGCCAUCGCCCGCGCCGCUGCUGGCGCGCAGGUGGUUCAUCGGCAUCAGCAGGCUGUGGGACAACCGCCACCACAUCAGCGACAUCCUGGGCGGCUUUCUCCUGUCGAUGCUGCUGGGCACCUUCCAGGCUAUCAAGGCGGUUGGCCAGUACGCCGUCAUCAAGGCCCAGCUGGACGCUGCCAGCAAGGGCCAGCGCCGCCAAUCCCCGCCCGCGCUGCCGGUCGCCGCGGCCGGCCCACGGAAUGCUGCCGGGCCAGCGUCCCCCCCAUUCAACGGCAACGGCCAGCUGGCGGGCGGCGGCGCGGGGCGCAACGGCGUCGGCGCCGGGAUGCAGAUGGGGCGGCUGCCUCAGGGCGGGCCCGCUGCGCCGCCUGCAGGCCCCUACUCCGCGUGA